AUGGCUGUCGCUCUCAACGCCGAGUAUGUUCCUCCUCACGAAAGCGGCUGUGGAUUGUACAUCCGGCCACUUCUCUUCGGAUCCAGUCCAAUGUUUAUCCCUGGAUCGCCAGACCAGUGCACUUUCUGUGUCUAUGUGUUUCCGACAUCAGUAGGGAUGCACCCAAUUCCACCCGUCAAAGCUCUCGUCCUGGAUGACUUUGAUCGUACAGCACCAAAGGGAGUUGGUCACGCGAAGGUAGGAGGAAAUUAUGCUGGAGUAGUGCGCUGGACAGGGGCGGCCAAGGCACAAGGAUUCGGCAUCACACUUCACUUGGACAGCGCGAAGCAUGAAGAUGUCGAUGAGUUCAGUACGUGUGGAUUUUUGGGUAUUUUGUAUACUCAAGAUACCCCAAACGACGUGACCAUCGUCGUGCCUGACUCUCCAUGUGUCAUCGAGAGCGUUACCAGUGACAGCAUUCAACAAAUAGGUCGAAGCUGGGGCUGGAAGGUCGAGAAGCGGCCAAUUCAUUACAUGGAGCUUCCCGUUUUCAGCGAGAUACUGGGGGCUGGAACUGCUGUUGGCCUGGUUGCCAUUCGAUCGAUCACGCGAAUGGGAAAGAAGUCUCGAGAAGUAUUGUCACCACUUGCCCAGGUGGUGUCAGAUGCUGCGGAUUUGGAAACGGUGGUUUACAUAAAAGAUGAUGAGACAGCCGGCGGACCUGUGUUCUCGAGGUUGACUACUGAGUUGAGAGCAAUACAGCAAGGCAAGGUGGCGGACAAUUUUGGAUGGCGUUGCGAGGUACGGGCGGAGGACAAGCCAGUUGAAGCCUGUGGUAAAAUUGUAACACUCUCUCCAGUGCCAGUGAUCUGA